AUGUUAACCCAUCAGUUCAUUGUCAGUUUCCUUAUAGCAGUGACACAACUGCUUACUGGGAUCUUGAUAAAUGGCUUCAUCAUCGUGGUGAAUGCUGUGGACUUCAUCAGGCAGAGAAGAAUAGCUCCUUUGGAUCUGAUCAUUUGCUGCCUGGUGUCUUCUCGGAUUUGUCUCCAGUUGCUCAUCUUCCUUACAUAUCUGGUUCAUUUUUCCCUCAUGAAUCCAUCAGUACUUGAGGAGAUUUCUCUAAUUUUUGUUUUUAUAAAUAUUUGGGGACAUUGGUUGUCCACGUGGCUGGGUGUUUUCUACUGUGCCAAGAUUGCCGCCUUCCCACAUCCCCUCUUCUUCUGGCUGAGAAUGAGGAUUUCCAAGUUGGUGCCCUGGCUGAUCCUGGGGUCGACAUUGUAUGCCUCUAUCAGUUCUGGCAUCCAGGAUAAACAUACAUGGACCAUGACCCAAAAAUACUUGGUGAACAUUUUCUCCAGUAAUGCAACUAAAACCAAGGAAGUAAACAUUGUACCACUUUGCAUUCUAAUUUUUCAUCUGACAUUGCCUUUAAUUAUCUUCCUCAUUACUGUUCUGCUCUUGAUUUUGUCGCUGGGGAGACAUGCCCAGAAGAUGAGAACCAUUGCUACAGGAACCCGGGACCCCCGCAGCGGCGCCCCUGUCAAGGCAAUGCUGUCCAUCCUGUCCUUCCUCAUCCUCCACUUCUCCCACUACAUGUUGGCUGUUUUGUUCUUUUCUUCAGUAUUCCAGUUUGGAACCUUCAUUUUUGGUUUCUUCACCUUUCUGUCUGGCAUCUAUCCAUCUAUACACUCUGUCAUCUUAAUUUUAGGAAAUGUUAAACUUAAACAAAAUGCAAAGAAAUACUUGUUCUGCGGUCAGUACCAUCAGUGA